AUGACGGCAGCGGCCCUCCUCCGCCGCAUCCAAGUCUCCCGCGAGACCGAUGUCGUCACAUCAGCCUACAUGAACCGCGACACGCGGCCCCUCCCGCCCGACCGCCGCACCUACGGGCCUUGGCAGUUCGUCGGCCUCUGGGUCGUCACGGGCUCUUUCAACAUCGGCGGCUGGACCACGGGCUCCUCUCUUAUCGCGCUCGGCCUCAACGUCUGGCAGGCUAUGCUGACUGUCAUCAUUGGCCACUGCCUCGUCGGCCUCAUCUGCGUGCUCGCCGGCGGGCCUGGCGCCAAGUGGCACAUCGGCUUCUCCAUUUUGCAAAAGGCAAGUUGGGGCAUGUACGGCGCGCUCUUCCCCCUCGUGCAGCGCAUCAUGCUGUCCUUCAUCUGGUACUCGACCCAGGUCUACUGGGGCGGGCAGUGCGUGCGGACCUUCAUCUCGUCGAUGGCGCCGUCCUUCAACAACCUCGACACACCCCUGGCCAACGGCACCAUGACUGUUGCCGACUUUAUCGGCUUCAUCGUCUUCUCCAUUCUCUGCUUGCCCUUGAUCUACAUCCGCCCGGAGCGGUACCACAUCCCCUUCGCCAUCGCCGCCUGCACAGUCAUCCCUACCGUCUUCGUUCUUCUCAUCUGGUGUGUCGCAACAGCCCGUGGCGCGGGCCCGAUGCUUACCGACAUCACAUCUACGGCGGGCGUUCAGCAGGCGCGCGGGUCGCACUUGGGCUGGAUGCUCGCCCUGGGAGUAUGUACCAACAUUGGUGGCAUCAGCACGCACAUCUUCAGUCAGUCCGACUUUACCCGCUUUGCCCGCCGACCGCGCGAUCAGCUCAUGUCGCAACUGCUCUUCGUGCCCCUUAAUACCAUAGUUGUCGCCUUCAUUGGGAUCGUCUGCACCUCGUGUGCCGCGCAGCUGUUUCCCAAAACGGAAGGGACCUUGGUCUGGGAGCCGUAUCGCUUCCUCGACGCGAUGCAGGUUCAUUACGGCAAUUCCGCCGGCGUGCGGGUGGCGGUGUUCUUUGCGAGUCUGGCCUUUAUAUUCGCGCAAUUUGGAAUCGCCGUCGCGGAGAAUGCGCUGUCGAAUGGCAUCGACUUGUCGGCGCUGCUGCCGAGGUUCUUCAAUCUGCGAAGGGGCGGGUACCUCACGGCGGCAUUCGCUUUCAUCAUGCAGCCUUGGCAACUCAUGAACGGCGCGAGCAAGUUCCUAACCGUCAUGGGCGGCUACGGCGUCUUUCUCGGAUCCAUGACUGGUGUCAUGUUCGCCGACUACUACAUCGUACGCGGGCGCAAGCUGAAGCUGACGCACCUGUACGAAGUGACCAGCAAUAGUAUAUACUGGUACCGUGGAGGUGUCAACUGGAGGGCGUGCAUAUCAUGGACGCUAGGCACGUUCUCUCUGCUUCCAGGUUUCGUGCAGAGAGUGCGAAAUCCUACUGUUGAGAAGAGUGGGUGGACUCACCUUUACUACCUAGCGUGGCCUUUGGGAUGCACCUUAGCCCUUGUCUCGUACUGUCUCUUGCACUAUGCUUUCCCGAUCAAAAGCCCCCGUGCAGUCGACGAUGCUGACUAUUUUGGCACAUUCGGUCCUCCGGAAGGGACGGUGCUCGAUGGCCGUGGGCAGACACCAUCAAAGGUAUCUGCGGAAGUGGACGAGGGCAAAUGCCGGAAUAUUGGUGAUGACAAGGUGGCAUAA